AUGACUUUUGCCAACACUUCAUACAUUAUGUUAAACAAAAGGCUUGACGAUGAUACAUCUCAGGUUCUUCCUGCCACCAAGGAUUGUUCAUACCCUUCUUUGGACGGAUCACUCUUACUUCCCGAUCUCAUUAACUUUCAUCUUCGCCACAAUUCAUCACUACCCUGCUACUUGUAUUCCAACGAUGCUAAAGCUUCGUUCUCGCCUCCCAAGACCACUGUGAUCACCUAUCUCGAGUUUGCUCAUGCAUGCCAUCGUGUCGCACAUAUGUUGAGACCGCAUCGUGUGGGAAAUGAGGGGCAGGUGGUGGGGAUUGUCGCCAGUACAGAUACCAUUCUAUACCACACUGUAGUGGCAGGUAUGAUGCUCGCUGGUUUUAUACCCCUUCCCAUGGCACCAACGAAUUCCCCUGCUGCCAUUGUAAACAUGCUUCGCAAAACAGGAUGCCGUCGUCUACUUACUAUACAGCGCAAUCAUGAAUCCCUGUUGACUGGAAUACGUACCGAGAUCAUGAACAGUGGCGACCAGAUUGAACUGGAUGUCGAGGAAAUACCAUAUCUUGCUCGAGUAUAUCCUUGUCUUGGUGCAGAGACUUCCGAGCAUCCGUUCGAGCCUUAUCCGAGCUGCGAAACACGCCCACAGAUGGACGAUACUCUUAUCUACAUCCACUCUUCCGGAAGUACUGGUCUUCCUAAACCUAUACCUACAUCCCAUCUCACAGCUGUACAACGGUGGUCUUGUCCCAUUGUUUAUGACCCUCGAGUCUAUCCUAUACCUAUUCGCCUUGGCACGAUGUCUCUCCCUCCAUUCCAUGCUAUGGGAAUAAGCCUCCAAAUAUUUGUCCCACUGGCGUCUGUCCGUGGUGUCGUCGUUUUCCCGCCCACUUCAUUCGACGAUCCUUAUUCACGACCAAUCGUCCCGACACCAGAUAAUAUUCUGGAUGCAGUACGGUCAACAGGUGCCAAUGCCCUGAUCGCAUCACCUACAUUCCUUGAGGCCUGGAGUACAUCUCCGGAGGCUCUGAGGACGCUGGCAACUCAGGAGAUGGUGGUGUAUGGGGGUGGUCUUCUCCCAACAAAAACCGGCGACAAACUUGUUGCAUCAGGCGUUCAUAUCGGUUGCCUGUACGGAGGAACCGAGUUUGGGUCUCUCACGCAAUUCAUUCCUAGGAUGGAAGACCGCGUAGAUGAGCAUUGGUCAUGGCAGAGGUUUUCAAACAGAGCCGAGUAUAGAUGGAUUCCUCAGGGCGAUGGUCUGUAUGAGCUACAUGUCUUGAACACUGAAAUUCAUGAACUGUCGAUUGUGAAUUUACCUGAUGUGAAAGGCUACGCAACAGGGGAUAUAUUCAUCAAACAUCCAACAAGAGAGAAUCUGUGGAAGAUAGUCGGUCGUGCAGACGAUAUCAUUAGCCUCACGUCGGGUGAAAAUGUCAUCCCUAGUUUGUUGGAGAGUAUCAUUUCAACCAAUGCCUGUAUCAGCGGUGCUAUUGUCUUUUGUAAUGGAGCCAACAAACUAGGUGUCCUCGUCGAGCCCAGGCCAAAUUCCGACAUGACCUCUGAUACCGACAAGGCCAAGCUCAAGGCUAGUUUGCGGCCUGAAAUCGAGGAAGCAAACCAAAACGUGUCAUCAUCAUGUCAGAUCGAUGAAGAGAUGAUUCUUGUCACCAGCCUCGACAGACCUAUGCUUCGCACAGGUAAAGGGACUAUCAUGAGGAAAGCAACUUUGCAGAUGUACGAAUUACGAUAUCAGUGA